UGCUGUUGAUCUCAUAUGAGUCCAUGGCACAGGGGGCAUGGGUCAUUCUCAGCCCUCGUGGACGCACCACAUAAUGGUAAUCCAGAUUCCAUACUCGUCCUCUAAACCAUACAAAAACCCACACCCAUAGCAUUCCUCUUUCAAAAAGGCUCUAAAACCCUCUAGAAAUUUCACGAUUCAGUGAACAAUUGAUUAUCAAUGGAAGGUACGAUUCGUUGUGGUGCAAAUUAUGUUCCUCUAUCUCCAAUCAGCUUCUUGGAGAGAUCUUCCGUUGUUUACAGAGACAGAUUAUCGAUUGUUCAUGGCGAUCAAGUGAAAUUCACUUGGCGAGAGACAUACGAGCGAUGUGUGAAGCUCGCUUCAUCUCUCGUUAACCGUUUUCGAAUUUCUCGUGGAGAUGUUGUGGCGGUUUUGGCCCCAAACAUACCGGAAACGUAUGAGCUGCAUUUUGCGGUUCCGAUGGCUGGUGCCGUUCUUUGUACCCUCAACAUUCGACAUGAUUCGACAAUGGUAUCAACUUUGCUUAAACAUUCAGAAGCCAAACUUGUAUUUGUCGAUUACCAGUUUUUAGAUAUCGCCAAGGGUGCAAUUGAGAUCAUGUUGAAAUCAACGUCUACGGUUCCUCAACUAAUCUUGAUCCCGGAAUCUGGCAAACAAUCCACCGGGGCCAAGUCGGGAAACAUGGAAUACGAACAUCUUUUGGUAAUGGGAAGUCUUGAUUUCGAGAUCAGAAGACCCGUUGAUGAAUGUGAUCCGAUAGCGCUUAAUUAUACAUCAGGAACGACUUCUAGUCCGAAAGGCGUUGUUUAUAGUCACCGAGGUGCAUAUUUGAAUUCGUUAGCUGCGAUUUUACUUAAUGAGAUGCCGUCGAUGCUUGUAUACUUAUGGACGGUUCCUAUGUUUCACUGCAACGGGUGGUGCUUGACGUGGGCAUUGGCAGCACAGGGCGGCAUGAAUGUCUGCCUCCGGGCAGUUACUGCCAAUGGAAUCUUCGAAAGCAUAUCUCGACAUAAAGUCACACACAUGAGUGGUGCACCAACGGUUUUGAGCCUGAUGGUCAAUGCGAAGGCUGGUGAGCGGAUCCCGCUUCCGGGAAAGGUGGCUGUGAUGACUGGCGGCGCUCCGCCGCCGUCUCAGGUGGUGUUUGAAAUGGAACGGAUGGGGUUUGAUGUGUUUCACUCGUAUGGGCUCACCGAGACAUACGGUCCCGCAACCGUGUGCACCUGGAAACCCGAGUGGAACUUGCUACCUCCGGAAACUCGAGCGAGAAUCAAAUCCCGACAAGGAGUAAAUCAUUUAGGAUUGGAGGAAGUCGACGUUAAGGAUCCAGUGACAAUGAAAAGCGUCCCGUGGGACACUAAAUCGAUAGGGGAGGUAAUGUUUCGAGGAAACACGGUGAUGAACGGAUAUCUAAAGAACACGAAAGCGACAAACGAUGCUUUUGAAGGCGGGUGGUUUCGGAGCGGUGAUUUAGCGGUGAGACAUUCCGACGGUUAUAUAGAACUCAAAGAUCGAUCGAAAGAUAUUAUAAUUUCUGGUGGCGAGAAUAUCAGCACGAUUGAGGUGGAAACGGUGCUUUUCCGGCAUCCGGCGGUUCUCGAGGCGGCGGUGGUGGGGCGGCCAGAUGAUCAUUGGGGGGAGACGCCAUGUGCUUUCGUGAAGCUAAAGGAAGGACAUGAGUUGAAUGGCGAUGAGCUUAUGACGUUCUGCCGGGAAAACUUGCCACAUUAUAUGGCGCCACGGACGGUGGUGUUUACGGAGUUGCCGAAAACGUCGACCGGAAAGACGCAGAAGUUCGUCCUCCGGCAAAAGGCGGCCGCAAUGGGGAGUUUACCGUCGAAAGUGAAGAGCAAGCUAUGAAACGUGAUAUCCGGUCAUGGAAGGUUGUACCGGAAAGAAGCGGAAGUUUGUUUUCUGUAUUAAUGGAAUCUGAUUGAAUUGGAAAAUGAAAUCUCAGUACCUCUGGUUACUGAUUGGUACAAUAUCUGAUGUAUGGUUCAAAUGGUAAGAAGGUAUGGAUGACUUUGUCCAAAUACAAGGCAGAUGUCGGUUUGCUACCUUCAACUAUUGAAUGAACCAAAAAUGUCUUCUUAUAUUAAUGUAUUUGAAGGCGGGUUUUAUGUAGGAUC